AUGUCUGCAGACGAGGACGAUUAUGAUUAUGAUUAUGAUAUUUAUGAAUAUUACAUGUCAAUGGGUGAUUAUUAUUUUCCGGGAUCAUCCAACUUGGUCACAGAAAAUAUACUUAAAUUUGAUUUAUUUUUUUGAGUAGGUUCUUUUUUCAUGACUUUAGAUUCGUAUUUUCUGAUUCAGAGAAUACACAAUUUAUAUAUCUAUCACUCAUUUUAUAUUCGCCAUUAUAGUUUUGAUUGUAAAUCCAAUUCAUCUAAUUGUGUUAACAAAGAAAAGUAUGAGAACUGCGGCAACAAAUAUAAUUCUAACAGCAAUCGCGAUAUCUGAUUUUAUUUCUAUGAUCUUCAUUAUCUAUCAGUUCUAUGUUUUGUAUAUUGAUUCAACGGAUUUCACAUGGUAAGGCACUUUUUUGCGAGUUUUGUAUUUUUGUACUUCUUUGUUUUCAAGCCUUCCACCCAAAUCUCUAUUCCGAUCCUAUCUUUCUGCGACUUUCGAUAUAAUCAAUGAUCUUCUUCGUCGAUUCUCAAUUUGGCUGAUUGUCUCACUAGUUUCAAUUCGAGCGAUUUCAAUAAAAUUCAUGAUGAAUUCAACAGUUACUGAAUUUACAAAUUUCAAAUCAGGUAUCAUAACAGUUUUCAUAGUUUUUCUCUUUUCAACUAUUUUGUGUAUUCCUAUUAUUUUGGUUACAACUAUUGGACGCAUGCCAGAUGAUUAUUUGCUACCAGAAGAGUGUCUGAACAAUCAAAGUUAUCCAGAGUUUUAUCGACUUCAGGAAACAUAUACAGUUGAUAUGAAAAUUAUAAGUUUUAACAUUGAGUCGAUGGUCGAUGCAUUUUUCUCAAAAUAUUUACCUUGUUUAAUUUCUCCAAUUAUGUCAGUUUUAUUGAUUGAAGAAUUAGUUCGUGCUAAUAAACGACGAAAAAGUCUUGGAAACAAUAAAGAAAAAUCGGAUAAAACUUCAAAGCUCGUUUUAUAUCAAACUCUUUCGAUGAUAGUUGCCGAGGUUCCAAUUGGAUUUUCGAUGAUGAUUGGAUCAAUUUAUGAAGAUGAUGUUGGAUUUUUGUAAGUUUUCACCUGCAUAUCCUUUCUUUUUUUCUCUUAAAAAUAGAAGUAACCUUUUUCAGAAAACUUUCUUAUCAACUUCAAGAUUUCCUUCAAAUUCUUUUUGUGCUCAAUUGUUUGUCACAUUCUAUGAUUUGUUAUUUGGUAUCUACGCAAUAUCGAGAAGAAUUUCGAAAAAUUUUCAAUUUAUCGAAAAAACAGAAAUCCAUAGAACUAAUAAAUGUUCAAGCAAGUUCGAUGAAAACAACAAAUCUAACACAAAUUCAGUGAGAAAAUGUACUUUUUUUCAAUUUCCUGUCGGACUUUUUAUUUUUAUAUGGUAUCUCUUGUCAAAUUCAUUUAUUCGAAAAUGCAGACAAAACUAACUAUUUUCAUCUCAAAUAUAAUUUCAAAUAUCGGAUUUUUCUCCGCAGUUCUUUCACAAUGUUUGAUGAUUAUUCUCGUUCAUUCAAUAAUGCGAAAACGAUUGGGACAGUUUAUAUAUCUUUUGAUAUUUUCCACAAUUUUAUGCAUUUGUUUUGAAUGUUCACAUAUGAUUGUACAACCUGUGAGUAAAAUCUUGAGUAUGAAAAAUAACUUUUUUUUAAAAUUAGUUCUUUCAUAAUUUCAAUGCCGGUUUGAUCUUCUUCACUUUCAACAAACCAUUUUCUUCCGAUUCUCCCUUUUCAAUUGGGAAUUCGAUAUUUCUUCUGUCCCAUCCAACAUUUUUCAUGGCUUCAAUUACAAUAAUCACUUUUCAACUUAUCUAUAGAUACAAUUGUUACUUCAAGUUAAUCUGACUCUCAACGAGUUUUCAUUCAUAAAAUUAAUUAAUUUCAGCACACCGUUUCUUCAAUUUUUUCAAGGUUAUCGAAUCUUUGUUUGGUUAUUGUUAUCUUUACUUGUGGGAGUUGCAUGGUCUUAUGUAUUAUUUUUUUAUAUCAGUGAAGAUGUUUUCAGCAGACGAUAUAUGGGGUUUAAAAUGAAAUUGUGAUUUAUUUAAAUUCAUUUCUUUCAGAGUUGCUAUGAAACUAAAUUAUAAACGUGAAAUGGAUGAUAUCACAAGUUUUUCUUUCAUAGUUUAUGAUGAUUUGAACAAAAUUCGUUCAAGAAUCAUAAAAUGCAUGGUUUUUCUAUCAUUUAUAUUAAUAACAAAUCAUCUUGUAAUAAUCACAACUUCAAUUAAAUUUUACACGCAUCUCAAUAAAAUACAUACAAUUUAUUCACAAAGACAACAUAAAAUGAAUAUUCAACUUUACAAAGUUUUGACGUUACAUGUUGGUAUUUUUGAAAAAAAAAGGAAACACAUCUAAUAGAACAAUUUCAGAUAUUUGUUCCAUCUCUGAUUCUUUGCUUUCAUUUUGUGAGUUUUUUCAUCCAACCAUUCAUGAACCUUCAUAUUAAUGAAUCAAAGUGUAUUUUAUUGAGUUUUAUAACAAUCUAUCCAACAAUAAAUGCCUUGAUUUCAAUUUUUAUGAUCCAAGAAAUUAAGCAAUAUAUUUUACUAAUGGUUUUUGGACAAAUUUCUAUUGAACGAUAUGACACAACUGGACUUUGGACUUUUUAA